AUGGGAAGUCUAAACAAUAAAACUAGAAUUACUCUACCCCCUAUUCGCUGCUAUGACCCCCUUAGCCAACUUGGAUGCAAUGGUAUUGACAGUAAAGACAUUGAAGUUCCUGUACCCCUCGACCAGACCAGCUGGAUGCGUCUACCUAGCAGUCGAUGUGAUGAAACCAUUCAGCCGAUUUCUCAACUCAUUCAUCCUCUGGAAUCUCCUCAAGCUCAUGUUGGUACCAGUAGCUAUCCUAGCCCCGUUGAAUUGGUCAGUCAGAUGAAUGUUCUGUCUACGUCAGAUAGCCCUACCGAUACUCAAGGAAAACGAAGAAGAUCAUUUCAUACGUUUGAACAACGAGAUCCGAUGUUUUCCAAAAAUCACAGAAACUCUGUAUACUUAGGCUAUAAUGAUAAAGGAUACUCAGGAACUAUCCCACCUCUGUUUGUGCCUGUCAAUCGCUCGUUCAGCCGACGUUGUACCUAUAUGCGACCCAAUCUGUGUUUACCUGUGAGUCCGAAGCCAAUGGUAGCCAGACACUAUAGAUUUAGCUAUGGUAAACGACCCAACUACUAUCCCGAGCCGGUGGACCAGUCAGACUACUUGAUUAGACCUUAUCACGAUCCAUCUGAAACAAAUUUCCAGACGGAGCAGUCAAGAGAUGGCAGCAAAUGUGAUGAAACAAAAGAAACUGGCAAAAAGAAGCCACGAUGGUCAGCAGAAGACAGGAUGCAGUUGAUCAUGGCUAUUAUUGAAGACAAGAAACUAGACGAUAUGACAACUUUCAACUGGGAGCAGGUUGCAACUCGAGUUAACCGAGGAAGUAAAGCGUGUAAAGAUCAAUGGCGAAGAGAAAUUUUACCAGCACUUCAGAAGCUUCCAUAUAUGAACCAACUCUCUUCAAGGGAAAUAGUCAAUGACAACCCUUUGUAA